UACGAAGAGCAUUAGCAUCUGCCAGAAAGGAACUCUCCAUCCAUUUCACACCAAAAUACCUAGGCUUCAAUCACAUUUCACGAGAGAACAUAAUAAAUAAUCACACCAGACCACUUGCACAAGAACUUUUUGGCACUCCUCAUGAACAGCAAGCUAUUCUAAUCCUAGAUGGUACAUACAUAUACAUUCAAAAAUCAAAUAACUUCCAUUUCCAGCGAAGAUCUUACAGCAUGCAUAAAAAUAGACCACUGGUAAAACCAAUGAUAAUUGUAUCAAGCACUGGCUACAUACUUUCUAUUCUUGGCCCUUAUUUGGCAGACCAUAAAAAUAAUGAUGCUGGUAUUUUAAAACAUAAUUUGAAAACCAAUAUGGAAAACAUGAAUGAAUGGAUUCAGCCUGGAGAUGUUCUAAUUGUAGACAGGGGAUUUAGGGAUGCAUCAGAAAUGUUAGAUGACUUCGGCAUUCAAGCUGAGAUGCCAAAGUUUUUACCCAAAGGCCAAAAACAAUUCACAACCGAAGAAGCCAAUGCUUCUCGCUUAGUUACAAAAAUAAGAUGGGUAGUUGAAUCCGUAAAUGGCCGAUUAAAGCAAUGGAAAUACCUUCAAAAUGUAGUGCCAAACAUACAAAUACCCUAUAUCGGUGACAAUGUCAAACUAAUUGGAGCUAUAUGCAACAAAUACAAGCCGCCAUUAUCUACCGGUGAAAAGGACAAUGAUCAAAUCUUGGCUGCAAAAAUGAGGGUACUGUCCAGGAAAAAAAAUGAUUUGCAGGAGAGGGUAGAGAGAGAAGGGUUACAUAGAAGAAUAUGUUCUUGGAAAAAGAUUGAUGCAGAUGAUUCCAUGCCUUGUUUUCCUAUGUUGUCAGAAGAAGAAUUGAGAAACAUAACUGUUGGUGUUUACCAAUUAAAACUAGCUAAAUCUUACACACAGGAACACCUCAAUGAUGAGAGUGAAUUUAUAAUAAUGAUAAAUUCAGAUCUUGAAAGUAUAUUAAGGGUACAAAUUCAGAGCAGACAUACUUCAGCUAGAAAAUACUUGAUAUGGAUUGAAUAUGAUGAGAUUGAGGUCAAGGCCUGGUAUUGCCAAUGUAAAACUGGUUCUAGAGUUGUAGGCACAUGUGCCCAUGUUGCAGCUGUCUUGUGGUAUUUAGGUUUUGCACGCCACAUGGACAAACAUAACGGAAUUAAGGACUGGUCAGAGUUUGUUGAAGAUGCAGCAAAGAUUCCUGUUUUAAUUGAUGAAUCUGACACUGAAGAGGAAUUUCCUGAAGAGUGACAUACUGUGCUUUAUUAAAAGAAAUGCAUUUAAGCAGUGGUCUAGUUAGUGUGUAAGCCGUAAGGGAAUGUAAGGAUAUAGUCUUAUUAGUCUAGUAGAUUAACAUAUUGUUACUUUAUUUACAGUUAUUUUGGUUGGGUUUAUGGUAUUUUUGGGUGACAAGAAGAUUUUUUCCAAGUGAUGAAAUAAUUAGGUUACAAAAAAUAAUCCUUGGCUAGGGCAACAUUGGAAGUGGGGUGUACAGAGGUGGUAGAUGGCAGCUGUUCUCUCUUAAAGAUAGCUAGGACACUUUUUUAAAAUUCUCUGCAAACUUCAAAAUAGAUGUGAAGUAAACAUAAAAGAAGCAGCAACCUAGUGACCAAAAUAAUAAAGACAUUGUCAUCAAUAGUUAUGCAUUUAGAAAGUCUCUUAUUUUUUUACUUCCCAAUCAGUGUCAGACUCACCAAUUAAAACUUUUAAAGCUUUGAAUGAAUAUAAUUUUUUUGAAACUGUGAUAUUUCAGCCUUAUGAUGAUUCAAAUGUAAUGUUUCAGUCUGAUGAUGAUUUAAAUGUUAUUUUUCAGUCUGUGAUAAUUUAUAUGUGAUAUUUUAGUAUUUGAUGAUUUAAAUGUGAUAUUUUAAUCUGUGAUAAUUUAACUGUGAUAUUUCAGUUUAUGACAAUAUCUAGAAAUGUAAUAUGUUAAUGCUUAUGUAUUGGUUAUUCAUUUUUUCUCAUGUACAGCUUUAGUUGUGAAGAUGCAUCAAAAACGUCAUGUAAGGUAUGUCAUGAUUGAAAUAAGAUAUUUAAGUCCGUGAUAGUUAAAAAUGUGAUAUUUCAGUCUGUGAUGAUUAAACAUGUGAUUUUUCAGUCUGUGAUGUUUAAAAAUGUGAUAGUUCAGUCUGUGAUGAUUCAACAUGUGUUAUUUCAGUCUGUGAUGAGUAAACAUGUGUUAUUUUAGUGGGUGAUGAUUAAACAUGUGUUAUUUCAGUCUGUGAUAAGUAAACAUGUGUUAUUUCAGUCUGUGAUGAUUAAACAUGUGAUUUUUCAGUCUGUGAUGUUUAAAAAUGUGAUAGUUCAGUCUGUGAUGAUUAAACAUGUGUGUUUUCAGUCUGUGAUGAGUAAACAUGUGGUAUUUCAGUGGGUGAUGAUUUAACAUGUGUUAUUUCUGUCUGUAAUGAGUAAACAUGUGUUAUUUCAGUCUGUGAUAAUAAUUCAGUUUAUGUGAUGUUUCAGUCUGUUUGAUAUUUCAGUCUGUGAUAUAUCAGUCUGUAUGAUGUUUCAGUCUUUGUGAUAUUUCAGAUUUUGGUGAAUUGUAUGUGUUAUUCAAUUAUGUGAUUAUUCAAUUGUGUUAUUUCAGUCUGUGUGAUAUUUAAGGUUGUGUGAUAUUUCAUUCUGUGAUGAUUAAAAAUGUGAUUUUUCAGUCUUUGAUGUUUAAAAAUGUGAUAGUUCAGUCUGUGAUGAUUAAACAUGUGUGUUUUCAGUCUGUGAUGAGUAAACAUGUGUUAUUUCAGUUGGUGAUGAUUUAACAUGUGUUAUUUCAGUCUGUGAUAAUAAUUCAGUUUAUGUGAUGUUUCAGUCUGUUUGAUAUUUCAGUCUGUGAUAUAUCAGUCUGUAUGAUGUUUCAGUCUUUGUGAUAUUUCAGAUUUUGGUGAAUUGUAUGUGUUAUUCAGUUAUGUGAUUAUUCAAUUGUGAUAUUUCAGUCUGUGUGAUAUAUAAGGUUGUGUGAUAUUUCAUUCUGUGAUGAUUAAAAAUGUGAUAUUUCAGUCUGUGACAUAAGUAUUCUGUGAUUUUCAAGUAUGUGAUAACAAUUUCAGUUUGUGUGUUGUUUCAGUCUGUGUGAUAUUUCAGUCUGUGAUAUUUCAGUCUUUGUGAUAUAUCAGUCGAUGUGAUAUUUCAGUCUGUGAUAUUUCAGUCUUUGUGAUAUAUCAGUUGGUGUGAUGUUUCAGUCUUUGUGAUAUUUCAGAUCUUGAUGAAUUGAAUGUGAUAUUCCAUUCUGUUAUUAUUCAAUUGUGAUAUUUCAGUCUGUGUGAUGUUUUAGUCUGUGUGGUAUUGAUGAAUUGAAUGUGAUAUUUUAUUCUUUGAUGAUUCAAAUAUGAUAUUUCUGUUUGUUGAUAUUUCAGAUUAUGUGGUAUUUCAAUCUAUGUGGUAUUUCAGUCAUUGUGAUAUUUCAGUCUUUAAUUGAUGAAUAAAAUGUGAGAUUUGUGUUUGUUUGAUAUUUCAGUCAAGUGCUCUUUAAGUCUGUGUGAAGAACAGUAUGAUGUUUCAGUAUGUGGUAUUGCAGUUUGUUGUGAUAAUAAUUUGAUUUUUCAAUAUGUA